UCCAGUAUAGGUGUAACCUAUUGGCAGAUAAUCACCUGUCUUCACGUUUCUUCGCUGUGUCGCAGUUCAUUUGUAGAUCACACUGCAAUACUGAACUGCUUUGAAGUACAUGUACUAAUUUGGCGAACAAGCCGAACAAGAAGACACGCUUGUUCUGCCGUUGAAGAGGGAUCUGACAAUAAUCGUCUAGGAAAGGGAAAGGCUUGAACUGUCCGAAGACUUCAUCCGUUCGGUAUAGGAACUUUACUCGAGAUCGGGAAGUAUCGCGAGGAAUUAUGAUGACACCAACUGUCCACACGGCGCGGUUUUUACGCAGUUUGUUAGCCUUGGUGCUUUACAGUGGAGCUUUCAUCGUGGGGAUCUGUUCGGCGCAGCUCGAUGGACUCACACUGCUUCCCCCGGAGUUACAAAGCACCGCGGCCGUGGAUGAAAUGAGAAACAAGCUCUGCAUGAGUUGCAUGGAUGUUGAGCAGCCGGCGCCACCGAACGUCCGUGAAGUCCUGCCAUUUUGUCAGCAGAUCUGUCGCACUGAUAACCGGAUCCUCAAUCGGCAAUGUUGGGAACAUGAAGCUGCUCCCUGUGACGAAGGUCAGUCACCAGUCUGUAGUUAUCGAGACGCCAUCGUGUGUGCAUAUGACGAUGGGUCUGGGUCCUGCGUCUACCACUCAGAGGGACAAUCCUUUUGCAUCUGCCGGGAUGAGUCUGGAUCAUGGUCAGAGGAGCCCAAGGAAAGCUGUGUCCCCUUCAAACCUCCAACAACACCAUCCUCGGAGAUGUGUCCCUUCGGGAGUGACCCGCGGGACGACGGGUGCCUACCGCCUCCGCUGCCCACCACGCCUGGUCCGUCCACCGCGCCGGGCCGCGGCGUCUCAGCCGGUCAAGUCAAUCUGCCAGCCGUGGUGCUCGGGUGCGUCUUGUCGGUCGUUGUGCUACUCGUUAUCAUCGGGGUGGGAGUGUGGUGCGUAUUGCGAAGAAGAGGACCGUCGGAUUCUUCACGAAAGAAUAGGAAUGCCGAAGACUCAUCUCGUAUGAAUUUGAACGAAAAUGCUCCGAGGGGUACAGCUAAGCCGUCCGAACAAAUGGUACCCGACGCUCAUGAAUAUGCAUAUGUCGACGCUAACUGGAGACAGGAACCCACCAAUCCCGAAACGGGUGAGCCCAAGCCCGAGUGUCAUACGGGUCAAGAGAAUCACUAUUAUUUCAAAGUGGAUAAAGUUACCACGGAGGGGAGCGACCGCUAUGUAAAACAUGGGCCAGAAGGGAGGUCCUCAGAACAAACCGGCACUACGGAGGCCCCGAGCGACCCCGAGUAUUUUGUCCUGGAGAAGGAGGAUUUGGGAGACGAGGGAAGGGAAGAUGGAAGUGUCACCUCGGUUUCCCCAGAGAAAGAGGAUGACGGAGAUUAUUUACAAACUACGGCGCCUCCGUUCCAAAAUGAAAACUCUGGAUACGAGGUUGCUGUCUUGUCACCUGUGGCCAAUGAAGACGAGUCGUCGCAGUACGAUCGCCUCGACAGGGCAUCCGGCAAGAGGACAAAUGAGGGCGUCCUACCAGGCAAGGACAAUGGCGUUUAUGACAGCUUGGAGACUGAUGACGAUUACAAUCACAUCGCACGUGAUGGUCAAACCUCGUAAAAUAGGUUGUCAAACGCAAAUAAGUGACAAUACCAUGAUACCCUCUUUGGGAUGAAAAAUGUAUAUUUUUUUCACUUAUGCUUUAUAUUAAAAUAUCAAUUAUUUAGUCAGUGACCUCAACUUCAACUGGAAUUAAUUCUUGAGUUAAAAUUAACUGCUAAUUUUACGAACUUUGCUCGGAAAAGCUGUUCCUUUAAUUUACUUCCUAAUUGUUACCAACUGAAUACAUGUAUACUUGUUAAUAAUAAAGCAGUUUCUUAAAAUCACUAACUGCCGUCUUUUUAAGUUAACAUUUUGUGAUCCGUCAUCUUUCCUCUGAAACUCCAAAGACAAAAUUUGACAAUCUACAGUUAAGACUUGAUAUUCCGAUUUCCUUCCAAUUUACAAAAUAGUGAGCUCCCGCCAAGAGCGUUUGCAUAGAUAGGUUCAUAGAUGUCUAUAUACAUUUACAUGUACAUGAUGCACAUAUUUUAUGAACCAUAAUUUCGAAGCUUACCUCCGUCACUAUAUACAUAUAUAUUUUUCCGAUUUUAUUUUUUCCUGGAUCUUUUCUUCUUUAUUUUUUUUUACUAAGUAGGCCUUAUAUGUAUUUCGACGCUCACCUCCGUCAAUAUGUAUAUAUACAUUGUAUAUUCAAAAUCUAUUUGUUCCUGUAUCUUUCCUUUCUUUCUUUUGUUUAUUAUAAAGUAGGCCUUAUAAUAUAUGAAUUGGAUGAUAGGCUGUUUCCCUUAAAGUAGUAUCUGUGUUUUAAUUUGGCCUAUAUUGAACAGUUGGCUCUUGUUAAUACGAACUUCGUUACAGCAAAAAUUCUGGAUAUAAGUGAUAUAUGUAUAUAUUUUGGCCUGUGUGUGCACAAUGAUUGGGAUUGGCACAUUUUCUAAUACAAAAUCGGAUAUUAAAAACAUUUUGGCUGCCUGAGUUUCUA